AAGAGUUUUGACGACCGAGAGUUCUGCUCUGGCGAGAUGGGGCAUCACCGUUUCACUGAAGCUGAAAGGCUUCAGUUGAGGAGAUAGACUCCCGUCUGGGGCAUCUGUGGUUAGGUUUCGCGUGCGACGCAUUGUUCAGAUGAGUCGUGAUGCACUAGCGAAGAAUAGUCCCUGUUGUCAUUCGGUAUAGCUCCAUCAUCUGAAAAGAACGUUCAGGUGAGGAACAGAAAUCAGUCUUUUUCCAGAUCAAUUGAUCUCACGAUGUAUUGAGAUCAUUCAUGGAGUUCGGCCAAGACGGUCUCGAUGACGACAUGGACCAAGAACCAAAUGAUUACAAUCAUGUUCUGCAUGAAUUGCAGCCUGGUGACCCCAGACGUGGAUUCCAUGGGAAUGGGAUGCAUUAUUCUGAGGAAACGAGCAGCAAUAAUUCAGGGGCCGUGGCUCCUUAUCCCAUGGUUCAAGAUGUUCCGACAGUCGACACUACUGCGAAGGAAGACGUGCCAGUGUAUGCAUUCAAUGACUACAUUGCCACAGAAGCUGAAGCCGAAGCCGUGGUUUCCCCGUCUGUUGAAAUGGAUUUCUACGAAGCUUCUCCUUAUCAGGAGCCUUCUUUGACUGAACAUCCAGAUGCCAUCGUAGAAUCGACCACUAAGGAGGAUGAGGAAGUUGGCGAGCAGAGGGAGUACUCUGAAGAUGAAGAAACCUCCGAGGACUCUGCCAGUAUGUGGGAUGACGAUGAAGCUAGGGAUUACAACAUCCGAAGAAAGAUUUUCGACGCAAAGUUUAAUACCCAGUUUCAUUUGGAAAUGCGUGGCGAAGAUUUCAACAUGGCUUAUGUGCAAGAGAACGGCUUUCAGACUCCUAUCAGAUUUGUGUGCAAGGAUGGUCUAGACUUGAAGGUUCCGUCUAAAUGCACGGUGAAAGACAUCAGGAAAGCUGUGGGCUCUGAGAGGAUGGUGGAUGUGAUGAACACCGAUACGCAAGAAAAUUUGCAAAUGUCCAUGCAGAAGUGGCAUCAGUACUGGAGGAACCCUGUGAAAUCAAAGCGCUUGAAUGUGAUAUCUCUGGAGUUUUCGAAAUCUGAACUAGAUAAAGACGUGACUGCCCCUGCGAUUGUACGACAACUAGACUGGACUGACCGUGCAUGGCCGAGGCAUCUGAAGUCAUUGCAGACAGAGCCGACGAAUAUGAUGGGACGCAUGAUGUAUCCAAAGGUGCAAAAGUACGCCUUGAUGUCUGUCCAAGGUAGUUACACUGAUUUUCACGUGGACUUCGGUGGUACUUCUGUCUGGUACCACUUAGUUUCCGGGAGGAAGGUGUUCCUGUUGAUCCCACCAACUUCUGAAAACCUGGAGCUUUACCAGAAGUGGAGUAUGAGCCCUGAACAGAGUCAGUAUUUCUUUGGCGAGAUGGUUGAGCAGUGCUCCAGAAUCAUUCUAGAAGCUGGUCACACCUUCAUGAUCCCCACUGGUUGGAUUCAUGCUGUGUACACGCCGAAAGACUCGGUUGUUUUCGGUGGCAACUUUCUCCACUCCUUCCAAACGCUGAUGCAAUGCAGGAUUUUCAACCUCGAAAUAGCCACAAAGGUCACCAAGAAGUUCCAGUUCCCAUUUUUUGUGGAGAUGCACUGGUACGUUUUGGCGCGUUACGUCGGGGUUCUCAUGGGGAAGAACCAUUUGCAAGAUAGUGAAGUCUACCCGGAAUCCAGUCAAGAGGACCCCAAGUUUUGUCCUGGAGUGUACUUGACGUCGGCUGAGUUGCACGCCUUGAAAGUGAUCGUCUGGUUCUUGUAUUCAUUGGCACCGAAAGACCGGUGUGUACCUGGUUUGUUGAAAUCCCCGGCGGACUUGAUCCGCGAUAUUAGGUUUAUCCUCACGAACUACAAAGUGGAUCGCGAACGAGCAGUUACUGGACACACAGUACUCUUGUGGACCAAUGAAGAGGCGAAGAACGGCCAGAUAGUGACGAAUUCGAAGCCGCAGAAACGCAUUGCUUUAACUGAGGACGAAUUAGCUGCUUUUAAAAAGGCCAGAGGAAAGAAACGAAGGCGGAGAUUAAGGUGCAAAGCGUGUGAAGCUUGUUUGAGGAGUGAUUGUGGGGUCUGUGUGUUCUGUGUGGACAUGCCCAAAUUUGGCGGACGUGGAAGGCUGAGGCAGGCUUGUCACGAACGACAGUGUUUGAACCCUUCAAUGCGAGCGACCUCCGUUUGUCUUUUGUGCAAUCUAAAGGAAUCCAAGAAUGGGGAAAGGCUGCACGAAUGCUUGAGUUGUUCGGAAAUGACGCAUGUUCGGUGUUCCAUUGAACUGUGCCCAGGUGAAGAAGGGAAGGUCUUGGAUGUUGUGUCAUCUCUGUGGGUGUGUUGCAAGUGCAUGAAAAACGGCUCAGGCCUGAAGGAAAUCGAGAGAUUCGAACGGCGAAAUAUUGUUGUGUCGAACGAACCUGUCAAGGUGAAGAAGGAAACAUUUGGGAAAAAGUGCCGGAGAAAACAGGUCAAGGUUUCCAACAAGGAAAAACCUGGAACUUCCGGCUUGAAGACGGAUAAGAUGGACCCAGAUUCUGCGGGACUGAAUUCGUAGUUUUCCCGGGUGUGUUCAAGUGUCGGUUUUCAAUUGGAUAGAAAUUUCGAUUUUUUUAGUACUGUUCGUGCCGCUGAGGAUUUACCAUGGUAUAGAAUCGGUCCUAUUUUGUGUUGCGACUUGGUGCUUUCCUGUGUUUGGAUGGAUUUAUUGUUCUCUGGAGAAUAAGAACUUCGAAGCUGUUUUUUA